AUGCUAAAUUUAGAUGAGUAUGUGGAUGUACUAAAAGGUUGUACAAGAGGAACAGGAAAGACCACUAACAUUCUCUCUAGAACCAUUGUCAAUAUACGACAGUGUAAACACAUACCAGAAGCAGAUGUGGCCGAGCUCUGUUCCAAAGUAAUAGAGAUUCUUAUAGAAGAGCCCAACAUCCAACAUGUGGACACACCGGUGACUAUAUGCGGAGAUAUACAUGGGCAACUCCAUGAUUUGCUCACGCUACUAGCUACCGGGAACGAAUGUCCGGAAACGCAGUACUUAUUCCUUGGAGACUUUGUUGAUCGAGGGUUCUAUUCAUUGGAGUGUUUCCUACUACUAAUUGCAUUAAAAGUCCGCUAUCCUGAUCGCAUCACACUUAUAAGAGGGAACCACGAACUGCGACAGAUCACUACGGUUUAUGGGUUUUAUGACGAAUGUGUUCGGAAAUAUGGUAGUGUGAACGUUUGGAGGUUUUGUAGUGAGGUGUUUGAUUAUCUUUCAUUGGGGGCACUUGUGGGGGGUAAAGGGGGGGUUUUUUGCAUACACGGAGGUUUAAGUCCGGAUAUUGAUACUAUAGAUCAAAUUAGAAUCUUAGAUAGGAAGCAAGAAGUGCCCCAUGAAGGAGGAAUGUGUGAUCUACUUUGGUCUGAUCCAGAUGAUGUUCCCGGAUGGGCCGUACUGCCACGAGGAGCAGGAUUUUUAUUUGGUGAGAAUGAAGUUAACCAAUUUCUACAUACUAAUGAUGUGAGUUUAAUAGCUCGAGCUCAUCAAUUGGUUAUGGAAGGAUAUAAGGAAAUCUUUGGUGAAAAAUUGGUGACAGUAUGGUCGGCUCCCAAUUAUUGUUAUAGAUGUGGGAAUGUCGCAAGUGUAUUAACCAUUGAUGAUAAUUUACAACGGAAUUAUAAGGUGUUUGAGGCUGCUAAUCAAGAUAUAACAGAAUUACCAACUAAACGGUCAACCAAUGACUAUUUUGUAUGA